AAAAGAAGAAAAAUCAAUUUAUGGCUUGUAGGCCUAAAACCCCUCGUAAAAACACCAAAAUAAAUGAAAUAGGAAAAAUAACGUCUAAAUUAACACGCUAUAAGAUUAAAGCAACUGUGAGAAUUGAAACGGAUACAGAAGACAAAAAGUAUUAUAAGAACAAAGAUGGGGAGGGAAAUAAGUUUGUAGUGUUCUUGAAAGAUGAAUCAGGCUCUGAAAUUAGAGGAGUGGCAUUUGGAAAAAUUGCCGAAGAAAUCGAGUCUGAGAUUGAAAAUAAUAAGGAGUACUACAUCUCUGGUUUUGGUGCAGAUAUAACGGUGGCCAAUAAAGACUACAAAAGGUGCCACAAGUAUGAGCUUAAGUUUCAACGAAAACCCUUAAUUGAACCAGUUGAUGGUCCUUCCCUUUCCCAAGACAGUGGCACUGGUGAUGCAGCUAGUUCAAGUAGUAGCAGUCACAGGGGCACAGAAACUGCUGUGAGAAAAAGGGUUCAGUUUGAACCAGUGCAUGUUGAAGAAAUUCACAGAAAACAUAAAUCCUCAAAAACUUUUGACAUAUUGGGCGUGGUAAAGAAUCUCUCCAAGGCAGAUUACCGAUAUGAUGAAGAAUCAAAGUUUUAUAAGAAAGAUAUUUUACUCAUAGACUGGACAGGAGAAGUAACUAUAGGGAUAACAAGUAAAAAAAAGAAAGAUCUCGACAUCCUGAAAGGGUUGGAAGGCCAGAUUGUUGGAGUAAUUGGAUGCAAAUGGAAAACAAGAAGAGACCAGAAAUCAAUUUUAACGGAAGAGUUAAAGAAGCUGUACCUAGAGAGUCAAGUGCCAGAAUCUUCAAAAUCACACGUGGAGAAAUUGAAGGAGUGGUACAAUUCAAACCAGAAGAAAGCAUCCAUAACUCCUAAAGUUUCAACUUGUGCAAAAGAAUGCAAGGAAACUAUGGAGAAGAAAGAAAGCAAUCAUGAAGAAAGUGAUCCAAGUGCAAACGCUUGCAAUCUCCCAUCUGUAAAUCAUGAAGCUAAGCAGCGUAGAGGGUCAUCUAGUCCAAAAUCAGGUACCAAACCAACCAUCCAUGAGACAAGGGGCACCAAAAGGUCCCACGAGGAGAAGGAAGAUGAUUCAACAGAAUGUAAAAGUGCUCAUAACUCAGAAGAGGAAUUGCAGAAAUGGAAUUUUAAGAUGUUUAAAAAACUUACAAAAAUUGGUAGAGAUGCUCUUCAAAUCUACUUCGACUCAGUGAUUCUACCAGAAAACCUGGAGAAAGUUUUAAUAGACAAUAAGGAUACUAUGGAAUAUGGUCGAUACAAAAUGAGUGAAGAGCAGAUGCAGAUACUAUUUCCAGCUAAGAAACCACCUGCCACAUCUUCAAAAUUAGAUGUCACUAUGAUGUACAAAUUACUGAGAAACUUUGCAUCUGAUCUUCCAUCACCAACUAAAGGCUGGGGAAAGAAACCUGAAUUGGGUAAUAAAGAAAAAACAGAUGAUAUGGAGAGAGUCAGGUUUUAUAGAAAUAAAGUUGACCAUGUAACAAAGGACACCAAUAUCAUGGAUAACGAUGACUGUGAAAUGUUCUGGAAAGAUUUGUCACAGGCAAUUUUGAGACUCUCUGAUGGGAAGCUACAGAAGGAUAUCAUGGACUUGGAAGCCAAAGCUAGAAUACCAAAAUCAAAAUAGAUUAUACAUGUAUGUAUUUGAAUUUGCUAACAAUCUUUUUAUGCCAUCUGAAAAUUUUACAAGCUGGAUAAAAUGUGAAAAGUGAUAUUUCUGUGAUUGUUUGAAGGCCUUCAGUUGAAAAUGACAUGAUGGAGUGCUUCAGUGGGCAAGAGAGCAUACUGUGUAAUGGAUGUUUGGGCUAAGUUGAUCAUAUAUUGAAAAUCAUGUUAUGCAUUUGAAAGUCUUCAUAUUUAUCAUGGUUAUAUUGCAAACGAACUGUUUUGGAUGAAUAUACAGUCAAACCUCGUUAUCUCGAACUUGAGGGGAUCAAGAAAAGACUGAGAUAUCCAAGGAUUCGAGAUAUCCAGGGUAAAGUUCUUAAAGAAUAAGGGGUUGAGACUUCCAAAUCAUUUGAACAUAUCCAUGGAAUUCGAGAUAUCAGUGUUCGAGAUACCGAAGUUCAACUGCAAUUUUCAAUAUAUGACCGAUGUAACUUUAUUAGUCACACACGUCCAGACGCGGAGCCAAAGUCAUAGCCUGAAAUUCAUGAUACUCAAGUGACUGUCAAGGUCCAGAGCUUAUUGUUACAAAAGUCACUGCCUUAUACAUGUAAUUUGAAUAUUUUGAUUAUUCUUCUGUUUUACAGAUUUUUUUGUGCUUGUAUGUGAUCACCAUUUUCAAGCAAUUGGUUAUAUAAAAAAACAGCUAAAAGAGAGAAGACACAAAAACUUUUUUAAAAAAAACUUCUUUGAAAAAAAAGAAAAUUGUGUAAAUUUUUUGCUCUGCUUUAUUGUGGUUUUAAAGUCCAAAUUCUGUAUGAAGUAACGAUAGCACAGUGGUAUACGUUACCUGUGCAUAACGGCGAGGAAUUGAUUUAUUUUAUUAUUUUUUAAAGCAACAGUCUAGUCAUUGGUCAGUUUGAUUUUAUUAUUGAUUUAUUGUAGAAUUUUAAAAUGGAGUUCAAUUUUGAAUCUGUUGCACAAGCUCAAAGCUUUUCUUCCAACCGACUGAAAUUUAAAAAUCAUUUGUAUUUAUUUGGUAGAUUUUUAUAAAGUAUGUCAAUUGUUGAAAUUGAAAUGUCAAAUGUGACAUUGUUAUGAUUUCUGCAGAACACACGACAAAUACACCAUCUUCUUUAUUUACAUUACUUAGUUGAUCAUUAUGUCAUUUGAUUGACUUUAUAUGAAUGAUCCUUAUUUAACAUUAAAUGCAUGUGUAUUAGGAGACGACCAUUUGAUUCUGAAAGGGGAAGAGCAGUGCAAAUUCUCUAGUGAAACUUUUAAACUUUAGUAAAUAUGUGUCAGUCUAUUAAAUUCGCAAAUAUAACAGCAGAAUUAUAAUUCAAAAUGAUGAGUCCACAAAAUUGAAGACGGCAAGGAAAAAUACAAUUUAAAAGGUUCACCAUUUUUGUAGCACCAAUGUAGGUCAGAUUGAUUAUUUUAACAUUUGAUGAUAGAUUUUUUUUUCAUUUCAAAUACAUAUAUUUCCAGAAUUUGCCAGCCCCCUCCUGCCGUCUUUCAGAAUCAAAUAUUAUAGUAGACAUUUCUUAAUCUUAGUAUACAAAGAUUCCAAUAAAAUACAGUUUUUUAUUA